AUGGAACCUGCUCCCGAGCCUGAGCUUUCGCAGAGUGCCCUCGGACGGUCCGUGGACCGUCCGAUGAAGUACUUUCUGACGGAAAGUGCGGAGUUUGUGGCCGAGGGCCUGAAGCCCUACCUUACGGGUAAGCUGCUUGAGCAUCGUGCCAAGCAGGAGCAAGAAGGUGAUGAGAUGGUGUUGGACCCUUUGGACUUCACGUUCUUAGAUUUCGGAACCGGCGAUCAGGUGUGCGAGAAGGACUUGGAGGCCAACUAUGAAUACUUGAAAUUCUACGUGCCCGCAGUCCUGCCGUUUUCACAGUCAGAUUGGGCGAAACGUGAGGCCGGCCGUGUGAAGCAGCUGAUGUCGCAUUUGUUGCGAUUGGCUCGCCGGACACCGGACUCGAAGUCGAAGAAAAUCCUGGUGCUGAAGAAGCUGGUGUACAUCAGCCUCGGAUGGAAUCUUUACAUCGAGGACGAAGAUGUGAGCGGUGAGGACGAUGGUUACAGUGGAACUUCAGUUCCAAGCGACCCCUCGGUUCUGGACAGAGUCGUUGCAGCCUCCUCUACGGCAGAAUCGGAGCCCAGCCUGCCCCCGAAUGAUAUUGUGGAGCCCCUCGACGAGGGCGUGGACGAGGACAUCGCCGGCGACUUGGAGACCGAAUCCGUGGUUGGGGAGCCUUUGGCAGCCAAGGAGCGCCGGGAUCCUCUGAUCGGCGACAGACCGCGACCUAGCAUCGAGGUUCUGAACCCAUACUCCGAGGAAGCAUUGGAGAAGCAAAUGUACGAGGAUCUGAACGAGCUGCUACUGAAGCAGCGAGACUUGAAGAAGGAUGCCAAGGCCGCGAAGGCCCAACCGAAACCCAAAGGCAAAGCAGCUGCGAAGGCCAAGGCAAAGGGAAAGGCUAAAUCAGCCCCGAAACCGAAAGCAAAGGGAAAGGCGAAGGCGAAAGGCAAAGCAGCUGCAAAGGUCCCUAGCCUGAAGUAG